CUUGGACUACUGCUAGUCCUCUCCUCUCUUCUCUUUCAGAGACUCCAAGAGAAGAGAUGGGUCAAGUUCAAAGCGAGGCGGCGGCGGCAGCAGCAGCAGCAAAUGUGGAUCGACAAGGCCACGCCGUCUCCUCUGCUGCUUCCAUCGACUCUCUCAUUUCCGAAGCUGCAUCAUAUGGCAAUGAUGGGAACGAGUCUCUUGAUUUCAAGGCUCAGAAGGCCCUGGAGUGCCCUUGCAUAGCCGACUUACAAAAGGGCCCUUGUGGGCUUCAGUUUUCUGAGGCUUUUGUUUGUUAUCUGAAGAGUACUGUGGAAGAGAAGGGAUCAGACUGUGUGCAUCCGUUUGUAAUUUUGCAGAAUUGUAUUAAAGCUAAUCCAGAUGCCUUUUCUAACAACAUUUCAGAAGAAGAUGGAGUUAAGAAAGAGGAAAAGCUGACCCAGGAUUACAAAAUUAUCCCACCCUCGUGGUCCAAAGAAUCCCCCAGUCCAAAAUCCAAGCUGUAGGAGAAGAUCAGAACCAACCACAUUUGUUUCUCUUAGGAAACAGAAACUAUGAGUAAUAUUUAUAAAUGAAGUUGCCCUGUUACUGAAUAUCUCAAACGGAUCCAAAUAUAUUUGAUAAAAAAGAAGGGAUCUGACACUUGAUGCUACUUACUGAAUUAGUAGUAAGAACUGAUAGGGGUUCGAAUUUUGGUGCAUGAUUUCUGUAGUGAAAGCACUUGUGUCCUAUUCAGUUUUUUUCCCCUUCUGUACUGUUAAAAUCAGUUUAAAGACCAGUGAUAUUUAUAGAGGCUAGAAAGCCAGUUUGCUCCACAUGUAAUU